AUACUAUCACUGAAAUCAGGAAUCACAAUACAAAUGAACUAUAUAAAUCAUUACUCACAUUUAAGAUGGAUAUUAAAGAGUUUUUAUUGAGGUUUGGUGAAUGUGGUAAUCAAGAGAAUGGAAAGUUAAAGUGUACCAAAGAAUAUGCAUGUGCAUAUCAGUAUAUGUCUAAAAGUACUCUCGUUCCUGUGAAGAAAACGUUUAAUCUUACCUGGUCAUUCCAAGCUCCGAAGAAUUUUUCGUCUACUUUUCAGAAUACAACCUCCAUUAAUUUUUCGUGGAUUCUUAAUGAAAAGAGGUACAUAACAAAAUAUAGAAUUCAAUGUUGCAGACUUAAUUGCAGAGAAAUGAUUGUUACAAAUGUGAUACCAAAUACAAGCACGUCUGCCACUGUUAAUGAAUUGACUCCCUAUACCACUUAUGAAUGCAAGGUGCAAGUUUUUACUGUUUCAAGGGUGAUAUGGAGUAGAUCGAUUAUUGUAAGAACAACAAAAGGAGGUCCAUGCAUGCAGCCACUUGGAAUGGAAACUUAUGUAAUACCUGAUGACAGAUUGAAAACAUCUACUCCUUCUUCAAAUAACAUGAAUGUAUCUUUUGCUCGAUUAAAUGGUGCUUUCAAGUGGAGCAGUAGAAAUGCUUACAUACAGAUUGAUUUGGGAAGAAUAAUGACAAUUACCGGUCUUGCAAUACAAGGUAGUACGCAAGGAGUCACAAAUGUGCGUAUAAAGUAUGGUAUAACAGAUCCGAAUGAUUUAGUUGACUUGUGGGAAGAAAAGAUAAUUGAUUAUACGAAUAAAAAAAGGAACUUUGCAUAUCCAGGCAGCAAAAACACAAAACGGCAUUGGUUUUAUCAAAAUGCAUUUACAGCUCGUCAUAUUCUCAUCUACCCAGUUGAGCAAAGCAAAGUUGUGUGUAUAAAAGUUGAAUUAUAUGGAUGUUCAGAGACAUGUUCCUCUUCUAUGAAAUCAGACUUUAAUCCAAAAAUGAAUGAUACCACUACAGUGUUGUCACCAAACUUAUACUCUUCUAAUUCUUGGUGUUCAUCAGCUGGAGAGUUCUUAAGAUAUGAUUUUGGCAUGGAGGUUACAUUGACUGGUAUAUUUGUUCAAGCCAAUGCAACAAAAGCUGUGCAUAAUUUUCAAGUGCGAUUUGGUAAUAAUUUAAAGUCUUUAAGAAUUGUCACAAGGGGAGCAUCUAACAAGACGUUUAUUGCGAACAGAGCUAAUAAUUCCAUAAUAACACAUUGGUUCGACAUUCCAUUAAUAUGCAGCAUUAUUGAUAUCAUUCCUCAAUCAAAUGGAGGAUGUAUAAAGAUUGGUUUUACUGGUUGUUUAACAAGUUGCAUGAAUAAACUUGGAGUUGAAAGGAGAAAACCAGGAAUAACUUUAUCUGCUUCUAGUUCGUCUUCAAAUAAUAAUUUGCCAGAUAAAGCUCGAUUGAAUAGUCUUAGAAAUGCAUGGGCAAGAAAAGUUGGUUAUCAAACCAUUUGGCUUCAGGUGUGCUUUAAUGAAACAAAAUACAUUUUUGGAGUUGCUCUGCAAGGUCUUGGUUUUAUAUGGAAUGACAGAAUUGAAACCUACAAAAUAAAAUAUGGUUAUAAACAUGAUUCUGUCAUUUAUGAUUACAAAAUAAAUAGUAUCAAACAUGUAUUCAGAGGGAGCAACAACAGAUACAAAACACAACUUGCUAUUCUUCCAACUAUGUUAAAAGCAAACUGUAUUAGAUUGCAUGAAAUGGAUUGUAAUAAUAAAGUUAAAAAAAAUGGUAUUGUGGAGGAUCAGGGAUGUGGUGGAAGAUUAGAAAUUAUGGGAUGUAAUGAAGAUAAACUUCCUAAUGUUGUGAUAAGGAGAGUAAACAACAGCUUACAAUGUGCAGCAUUUGGUACACAUCCAAAUAUACAAUGGAGUGUAAAUAACAAAAUCAUCACAAAUGAUGGAAAUUAUAUGAUAACCAAGAUGUCGAACAAAAAUGCAACUACAAUAUAUAAAUCGUUUCUAAUUUUUAAAAAUAAUAUUGAUCAGUUUUUGCUGAGAUUUGGCAGAUGUAAUAAACAAGCAAACGGGAAUUUCAAGUGUACUAAAGAAUUUGUGUGUGCAUAUCAUUACAUCUUUCAAAACUCCUCUGUUCCUGUCAAGACAUCUUUUAAUCUCACUUGGUCAUAUCAAGAUUUAGCCGUAAAAAAAUUUUCAGUUAUUUCACAGAAUGCAACUUCAAUUUCUUUUUCAUGGAUACCACUUAAGAAUAUGCACAUAACAAAGUAUGAAAUUCAAUGUUGUCGACAGAAUUGUAGAGAAAUCGUUUUUACGGACAACAUACCAAACACAGCUACGUCUGCUACAGUUUACGAGCUUGCACCCUUUACUACAUACAAGUGCAAGAUGCGGUUUCUUUUAUUAUCACCCAGUACCAGUAGCAAUUGGAGUACUGAAAUUUCAGUUAAGACUUCUCCGGCAGGACCUUGUAUGCAACCCCUGGGAUUUGAGAAUGGGAUUAUCAAUGAUAUUCAAUUCACAUCAUCCAAACCCGAUGGUGGUUUAAAGGCAUCAAAUGCUCGUCUUAACAGUGAUAAAUUUUGGUGUGCAAGUUCAGGCAUAAUUUGGUUAAAGAUUGAUCUUGGUCGACUUAUGACAGUGACUGGGAUGGCAUUACAAGGAUACUCAUUUGCCAUUCAUCAAGUCUGGUUCAAAUACAGUGUAUCUAGUAUGAACAACACUGAAAUAGUAAAAAUGGAUGAUACCUCGAGUGGCACUCGUAGGACGUAUGAUUAUCCACGAAGCAAAUACACAAGACGAUACUGGUUUAAAAACAAAGAGAUAACAUUACGUUAUAUCGAAUUCCAUUUUGUUGGAGAUAACCAAGCUUGUCUAAAGGUUGAAUUGUAUGGAUGUGCUGAAACUUGUUCAUCUCCUGUCUUUCCUGUGCAUUUGAACCUGCCACAAUCUAAACCAUUUUCACAAAUCUGCAGCAAAAACUUAUCAUACAUCCGUUAUCAUUUUGGGAAAAGGGUUACGUUGACAGGACUUAGGUUAAAUAACAACAAUUUUAGUGAUUUUCACAUUAGAUAUGGGCAGUCACCUAAAAACAUGACUGAAGUAGAGAAAAUUAAGCUAACAAAGUUGUCGCAGCCUAGAAGUGAUGAUUCAACAUUGAUGUUUUGGUUUGACGAAGAAAUUAUUUGUAAAGUUAUUGAUAUAGUAACAUCGUCAACAAACGUGUGUGGAGAAAUUCAGUUUGUUGGAUGUGAUAAUGGUUGUAUGCACAAACUUGGUAUAGAAGGUAAUUAUGGUGUUACAUUGAGCUCGUCGUCUGUAUAUGCUAAUGGUAGUGUAGAUGCAGCAAAUGGGCCAAAAAAUAGCGGUCUUAAUAACAUGAUUGGAGAUUGGACAAAAUAUGAAAAUAAAGAUCAUCAACCUUGGAUUCAAGUAUGCUUUGAUUCACAUAAACUUAUUAAUGCUGUUGCAAUACAAGGACAAGGAUAUUACAAUGAUGGAAGAGUUUUAUCAUAUUAUAUAUCAUAUGGAUAUCAAGGAAACAGAACUUUAUAUAAUUAUACUUUGAGCAAUAUUGUUACGAUGUCUAGUGGAGCAACAAGUAGAUAUGGUACAGUAGUAAGAAAAUUUCCCGUUCCAAUAUCUGCUAAAUGUGUUCGUUUGCAUCCAACAUCUUGGAACAAACAUGGUUGCAGCAUGCGUUGGGAAUUGCUUGGCUGUCAUAAAGCUACUCAUCCUAAAGUAGAAGUUCUUAAAUCAGUUGCAAUUGUAAAAAACACCAGUAAAUCAAUCAAGUGUUUUGUUGAAGCUCAACCUGGGUGUCAACAGGAGUGGAAUUUUCCUACAGAAGAUUUAUCUGCUUAUCAUAACAUGAAUAUAAAUGGGUCUUACAAUAACGUCAAUGGUACUUACAUCUCCAACUUACAAAUUCAUCGAAACAUGACUGAUUGGAUUAUUGAAAACAAUAUUUCAUGUGACUUUAGUAAUAUCAGUAACACAACAUGUUAUAUAAAUUAUACUUGUGCUGCAUACUAUCCUGGUGAUUCAACAAACAAGGGACAACAAAUUGUGACAGCAAGUUAUAUUGGUUUUAAUGCAACUGUUAGUCCACCAAAUGUAAAUAUCACAUCGACGAAUACCACAGCUACAAUCUCUGUAUCUUUUGGACAAUUAACUGGCGACUUUCCCACAACUGGGAUUAAAUUAUUGUUUAAGGGAAACACAUCCAUUAUUGGUAGGGCAUCGAAUCAAAUUAUUGACAAACUAACGCCCUAUACGGAUUACGCUGUAACUGUUUCUAGCUACAAUCGGCUGACUGAAUCUACUAGGAAAAAUGUAUCUUUUAAAACUGCUGAAGGAGUUCCAUCAAUACCUCGAAAUGUUACAUUAAUGCCGAAGUCCAAAGAAGAAAUUUUGGUUUCUUGGCUUCAACCUGAACCUGUUGGUGGAGUUAUCAGUAAAUAUGAGAUAAAAUAUAAAGAAAAAUACAAUUUACAAGCUGUUUUAAAUGUUACAAGCAUUUCAGAGAAUAUGUCUUUCACCAUUAAAAACUUAAGUAAUUUCCAAGAAUAUGAAGUUCAGGUUCGAGCUAACACAAAAGAAAACUUUUUUAUUGGACCAUGGAGUGAUGUUGUAGAAACAAAAACACUGGAAGGAGAGCCCACUGAACCACGAAAUAUCAGUGUUCAAAAGAAAUCACCCACUACAAUUUAUUUAAAUUGGGAAGAACCUUAUCAAAUAAAUGGAAUUAUAAAAGUUUAUAAUAUUACACUCAUUGGUCAAAAGACUUACUACAAAAAAUUUGCUCAUGAUGUCUCAGGCCACACCAAUGCUACGUUUUUAACAGUGAAAGAUUUAUAUCCAGGAACAAAUUAUACAAUUCGUAUACAUGCCACCACUGGUGGUGGAGCAGGCCCAUUGUCGAAAAAACAAAAGUUUGAGACUGACUAUGAUAGACCAUAUUCUCCAAGCGUGUCUUUGUUCAAAUAUCCAAUGAUCAAGGAGGUUCUUUCUUUGAGUUCAGUGCAAUCAUAUACAGGUCCUAUCAGUGCAUAUGAAUUUGCUGUUUCAAGAUCAGAAUGCAUUUUAACUAAAGAGAUUAUAACAUUGAAUCCUGAAGAAGUUCCUCAUAACUUUAAUGUGACCAUUUUUAAAGGAAUAGAAAAUCCUACUAUCCAUGAUAAAACUGUACACAUCCCUUUGAUUGGAAAUUUCAUCCUUUGUUUCCGUGCUGUAGUUACAUCAAAGAAUGGUACCAAGUUGUAUGGCAACUUUUCAAGCAAAACUAUAAAACGGAGAGAUCUUUUAAGAAUUGAUAAAAACAAUUCAGCAAGAACACAGGCUUCAAUAACAAUUCAAUUAUCAAAAGGUCCAGACAAUGUUAAGUACUAUCAAAUAAUUGUAACUAAAAGCAGAGAAACAUCACUUGAUCCUCCGAAUGAUUCAUUAAAACCAUAUGGCGAAAACAAUGAAGAUCUUUAUGUUGCGGCAGAAUUUCGUGCUGAACAGUUCAGUGAUUAUUAUAAGUUCAAAUUAGGAGAUGGAAAAGAAUACACUCGAAGAAGGUUAAGACAGAAAAUAGAUUUAACAGACAAGUUCUUCUUAUUUUUGAAUGUGAAACUAAAACCUGGUACUGAGUAUUCAAUAUUACAGAGGGCAUAUUAUCAGGGAGGUUACUAUUCAACUCCUUGGUUCCAUGACAAGACAUCACUUCGAAUCAUUAAAGCAGAUAGAAAUUUGAUGUUGUUACGUGCUGGUAUGGUAGCUGUUUUGACUUGGAAUAUAUACAGAACUGGUAACAUAGACACAAUCAGUUGUACAAAGGAUGGUGUGCUCAUAGCAUUUGGAACAAACAAGGUUUUUUCUCCAAGCAAAAAAUUUGGGGACAGUAUUGUAACACUGUUAAAGCAUGACAGCUAUAACAUAGAAAUAAAGAAUGCAAAAAAUGAAGACACUGGUUUGUACACAUGCACAGUUUUAGAGACAAUACAUUCAAAUUCCCGUAAAUAUAUUGAGAACAUUAAAGUUAUUGUAACAGAUAUACCACGAACUUAUAACAUAUCUACUCAACGUAAUAUUGUGAUUCGCUUUGACUAUAUCAAUGUGUACUUUAAUGGUAAAGUCCUGGAAAAAGAACAUCUAAAGCAAUUAAAAUCAAGUUUUCUUGAAGCCGCCUAUGACAGGGUAAAACUUUUGUUUUUGAACGUCAUGGCAGUGGGAAGUGAUUUAAUUCAAAUGAACAAUUCUGUAACAGGACAAUCCAUUCAGUGUGUCAUUACUCUGAGAAGCUCUGUUCCACUUGACGUAAAAGAGGUUUUAAAAGCUCUUCAUGGAGUUGUCAAGAAGAAUCAGUAUCACCUUUUUCUAAAAAACUCAGUUUUUCAAGCGGAUAUUGUGAAAUCAUCCCUACUUGUGCAUGAUUUUAAUGAGUGUGAACCUUCAGCUACUAAAUACUGUGAUGAUAAUGCUGUAUGUAUGAAUCUACCUGAUUGGCUUUCAUAUGCCUGUUCUUGUUCUAAAGAUUAUCAAGGAAAUGGUUUUACUUGUGUCAGAAAAGUGGAAAAAAGGAAUAGCCAAUCCUAUACCAUCAUAGCUGUUAUCAGUGUCACCAUUAUUUUAUUAAUAAUUAUUGUUGUAUGUAUUGUGAAAUUCAAAAGACUGCAGGAAACGAAGUCUGCAGACAAAUCGCUUCCUGAACCUGUUUACACUGAUCUUCCUUAUGUUACCAAUGCAUCUGUGGUUCAAAAUCCUGUUACUGAUGAAACAUAUGAAGAUGUGAAAGAAUCAAUAGAGUUACAGACACAUUACACUGGUUUAGUACCUACUGAAGAAGAGGUAGCUUACUCUCAAUUGACAUCAAACAAGAAUAAAAAGUCAGAAUAUUAUGUAAACAGUUAACAACAAUUUGUAGUCAUGAUUUUAUAACUCACAAAUUUUUAUUAAAUAAUGUACAGUUUGUACUAUUUUUGUAUCAUGAGUCCUGUUUUUUACUUUUUUAAAUAAAAUAUAAUUUUAACAAAUACCAUAUUCAGUAGUUGUAAAUUUUUAUUGAGAAUUUAUAGAGAGAGUUUUUAUUGUUAAGGGUUAUCAUUAUGAUCCUGAAAAUAUUAAAUUUUGUUU